AGUAAAAUAAAAAUCUAUCCCGUAAAGGGCUUUCAUGAAGAAAUUAAAGAGAGGAAAUUACAAGUAAUAGAGAAACUAGGAGUUGCACACUGGAGAAGCCACCCAAAAUAACUGGAGUAAGACAAAACGAGUGAAUACAUCUGGAAGAAAUUUUACUUAGUAUGGUAUUUUUGCCCACUUUUUGGUCAUAAAGGCCGCCAAGGAAGAAAGAAUAUAGUUUUCUAGAGAAAGAACGAGUGUAAUGUAAAAAUGGAAGCCACAGUUUCUGAAAUUCAAGUCGAAAGCAAGGAUGAGAAGAGACCAACAGAAGUCAGUCCUCAAGACGAGCGGCAGGAGGAAAAAGCAUCAGUGCUUUGCUUCAAGAGAAGAAAGAAAGCAGCCAAAGAGAUGAAGCCCAAAACUAGCUCUAAAGCUGCUGGUGCAGCAAGAACGGGUCCCCCAGAGGCGGGAGCUUCUGAUCAGCCCCAGGCCCCAGUGGGGGCCUGGGCGUCAAUCAAACGUCUUGUAACGCACAGGAAAAGGUCAGAAGCUUCAAAGCAGCAAAAGCCCUUUGAGGCUAAAGUGCAACCUGAAAUCAGUGCUGAGGAUGCUGAUCUUUCUAGGAAAAAGGCAAAAUCCAGACUCAAGAUUCCCUGCAUAAAAUUCUCCAAAAGAGAGAAAAGAAGUAAUCAUUCCAAAAUUAUAGAAGAUUCCGACUGCAGCCUCAGAGUCCAGGGAGAGGCUGAACGUUUGGAUACGGAAGCUCCGACCCAAUCCGAUGAGCAGGCAACCACGCCCAAGUUGCCCCAGGAUGUGAGUAAAGCUGUCUCACAGAAAGGGGGCGAUGAGGUCUGUGAGCCAAAUGGGAGCCACAGCACAAUGGCACCUGGGGAAAAAGUGAUUGCAGUAGAACUUGGGUUAGACACGGGGCAUUCUGCCAUUCACACAGGAACUCUAGUCAUUGAACGAGAUACUGAAACAACUGAGGAAAAACAAAGCGUUCAACCCCAGCAAGCAAGCCCACUUGAACCUUCAGAAACACAACAGCAACCCCCUUUGGUUUCUGAUGUUCCUCCCUCACCUGCAGUCCCAGAUCAGCAAAUUGUGGAAGAAGCCAAAAGCAAUAUCCUAGAAAGUGGACCAAAUUGGAAACAGCACGAAAGUGGAGAGAUUGUUGCUGAAGAGAGUGAGCCAAAAGAUACUGAACUGAGCCAGAAAUCAGAGCUUAGAGGAAAUGAGGUCACUGCAGAGAAACCAAAACCAGAAGAAAGCAAAAGAAUGGAGCCAAUUGCUAUUAUUAUUACAGACACUGAAAUCAGUGAAUUUGAUGUUAAGAAAUCUAAAAAUGUCCCUAAGCAAUUCUUAAUUUCAAUUGAAAACGAGCAAAUAGGGGUUUUUGCUAAUGAUAGUGGUUUUGAGGGUAGAACUUCAGAACAAUACGAAACACUCUUAAAAGAAACGGCUUCUUCUCUUGUCAAGAAUGCUAUUCAGUUGUCUAUAGAACAGCUGAUUAAUGAAAUGGCCUCUGAUGAUAAUAAAAUAAACAAUCUUCUGCAGUGACUUAAUUUCCAAAUCAUGGGAGGAAAAGAAAAAAAGCUUAAUGCUGAAUUAUUUUACAUACUUGCGGCAUUUCUUUUUCAGUAACAAAUGAGGGAUUUAUCAUCUGUGGAAUUUAAAGGUAUAGUUCCAAUCCAGAAGUGCUAAAGAAUUACGUUUAUAAAACCCUUUCUCCCCCAGAGAUGUAGUCACUUCUGGAUCAGAGGAAGCCCAUACAGAUUGCAAUGCACAGUGACAUACAGGGAGGUGUGAAAAUGACAUGUGGAGAUUGGGGUACUUGGGGGAAGGAAGCUGUAUUAAUUGAGCACUUAUGGGAUGACAUAAACUCUUUACUGUUCUCUGAUGUCACAAAGCCUGGUUUCCCUUUGAUAGUUCGAUCCUGUGUAUAGGUUAACAUCACAUUCGAUUUUCAAAGCUUCCCCCCCCCCCACAGUGCACUUUUAUGUUUAAAAUGGUGAAGAAGGUGAGCUAUUUUUGUCAAUGUGUGAUUUAUAGUUGUUACACUCAUAGGCAGUAGUCUUACCUCAAAAAAAUAUUGCCUUUUCUUAGUUUCAGCAGAAUGUGCAUAUUUGAAUUAAACAUGAGUGUUUUUCUAGUCCUGCUUAAAUACUGUACACAAGCCAUUCACAAUUUACUUCAGACAGACAAAUAAUUACCAAGUGC